UCCGCGUAUAAGAGCGGUGCGGCACUGCAGCUAGCGCAGUUCUCACCGAGACCCGUCACCCCGACUCCACGUGAGAAGCACCGCCCGGACUCACCAUGCGUGAAUGCAUCUCAGUCCACGUGGGGCAGGCAGGUGUCCAGAUGGGCAAUGCCUGCUGGGAGCUCUACUGCCUGGAACAUGGGAUUCAGCCUGAUGGGCAGAUGCCCAGCGACAAAACCAUUGGUGGGGGAGACGACUCCUUCACCACCUUCUUCUGUGAAACGGGAGCUGGGAAGCACGUGCCCCGGGCCGUAUUUGUGGACCUGGAGCCCACAGUGAUCGAUGAGAUCCGCAAUGGCCCAUACCGCCAGCUAUUCCAUCCAGAGCAGCUCAUCACCGGCAAGGAGGACGCUGCUAACAACUAUGCCCGUGGCCACUAUACCAUCGGCAAGGAGAUCAUCGAUCCGGUGCUGGACCGGAUCCGCAAGCUGUCCGACCAGUGCUUUGUGGACUGGUGCCCGACGGGCUUUAAGGUUGGCAUCAACUACCAGCCACCCACUGUGGUGCCUGGGGGUGACCUGGCGAAGGUGCAGCGUGCUGUGUGCAUGCUGAGCAACACAACCGCCAUCGCCGAGGCCUGGGCGCGCCUGGACCACAAGUUUGACCUGAUGUAUGCCAAGCGGGCGUUCGUGCACUGGUAUGUGGGUGAGGGCAUGGAAGAGGGCGAGUUCUCUGAGGCCCGAGAGGAUAUGGCUGCCCUGGAGAAGGAUUACGAGGAGGUGGGCAUCGAUUCCUAUGAGGACGAGGAUGAGGGGGAAGAGUAGAGAUCAGCUCCUGGAGUUCAUUGCAAAAUCCUUUCGAAAUAAACAGUCUCCUUGCACGGUU